AAGGGCAAGGGCAUCGUCGUUUGGCAUUGCAAGAAUAACGGAUCACGCGGCGAAGUGCUCGAGGACAGCCGUCACUGCAACUCGCUGCAAGAUCCCCCGGAGUCGGUGGCGAAUGAGAGCUUAAACGUUAAGGUUAUUUGGAUCUCUUUGCUGGCAAUCCUUUCGUUGCUCAUCGCAGCUAUCUACAUCACCAGCGUCGAGGGAUCAAUCCACUUCAGCUCAAGCAAUUACUUCACCCACUUCACUGUCCUCAAGUCUGUGUUUCCACAUUGCAUGUCCCUCGGCUACCUCACCUCCAAAAUGUCCAAACUCUCUACGGUCGACUUCUUCGCAAAUUACAACGGCCACCUCCUCUCCCACCUCUCCACCCUCCACACCCACCUCCGCUCCCAGAAUCCCACGAGACCAAUCGUUUUCUUCGCGGGUGAUUCAUCCCUCGACAAUAAGCACUGGCUGUUUACAAAGGGAAAGUCAGAUCCGGCGGCUUAUCAAGAUGAGAGGUGUGCGGGGCGAGCACCGGAGGCGUAUGAGGGCGUGUUGGAGCCGGCACGGUGUAUCAAAGACGUUGCAUGGCAUUUGAAUAACGAAAUCAACCCUGAUGCUGUGGUACUGAAUGCCGCAAUUGAAGCCACGACACUGUCAGCGCGCUCCAAAUUUUUGCUGGCACAAGACGAGUUCAUCCGAGAUAACAUCACACCGAACGACUAUCUCGUCGUCUCCGUCGGCGCAAACGAUAUCGUACUCGCUCCGUCAAUGAGUACGAUCACGCAUAUGGCGACGAUGCUGCUCUCGCCUACAGCUCUGAUCAACACUGGUCAUGCUCCUGGUAUGGGUUACUUCGUCCAUAUGUUCCGAGACGAAGUUGCCGCGUACGUGAACAAGCUCGUGAGCAAAACCAAACCCAAAGCAGUGGUAGUCUGCAUGAUCUACAACCCCGGCCCACCAAUAUCAUCGGGCGGCUGGGCAGAUCAUUCCCUCCAAAAACUCGGAUACGACAGCACUCCCGCAAAGCUCCAAGCUGCGAUCGGGAAAGUUUAUGAGUUAGGUACGAAGGAGAUCAAGAUUGAGGGCGUGAAGGUCGUUCCGUGUUUACUUGCGGAUGCGUUGGAUGGGACGGACGAGAGGGACUAUGUGCAGAGGGUUGAGCCGAGCGUGGAAGGUGGGAAGAAGAUGGCGGAGUUAUUGGGGAGGGUUGUGAAGGAGGAGAUGACGAGAUAGCGAGGGCACAGUAGAAGGGAGCCUGAGGCGUAUUUCAAGUAUGAGUUCAAUGGAGAACAUACAACGAACGUCGUCAAUCGUGAG